AUGGCUUCAACAGUGUCAUGGCAGUCGCCAGCCGGCAAUAAAGGCUUUACGGAUACUGGAAUCGUAAUCAUUGGUGGUGGGAUCUCUGGAAUGUGUAUGGCCAUCAGCCUGCUCAAGAACAACAUCCGCAACUUUGUGAUCCUAGAGAAGAGCGCUGGGUUGGGUGGGACAUGGAGGGAUAACAAGUAUCCCGGCUGCUGCUGCGAUGUCUUCUCUCAUCUGUAUAGCUUCUCGUUUGCGCAGAACCCGAACUGGACCAGGCUGUAUCCUUCCCAGGAGGAGAUACUGAAUUACCUGAACGAUGUUGGUGAUAAAUACGGAUUACACAGAUAUAUCCGUUUCAGCUCCAUGGUAGAGGAGUCUCGCUGGGACGAGGUCGAGAAGAAAUGGAAAACCGCAGUUCACGUUGAAGGUGCCAAAGAUUCUGAGUUUGCAGAACGAUAUACCAUCUCGUCUGAUUUUCUCUUAUCUGCUGUCGGACAGCUAAACUACCCUCACUACCCUUCCAUCCCUGGGAUCGAUGACUUCAAAGGCAAGAUCAUGCAUUCCGCCAGGUGGGACUGGAGCUAUGACAUCAAGGGGAAGAAGGUUGGCAUUAUUGGAAACGGUGCCACGGCGUCACAGAUCAUCCCAGACAUUGCCCCCGAAGUAUCACACCUCACCGUCUUCCAGCGAACCCCAAACUGGGUUGCGCCUCGCUAUGAUAUGUCAAUGUGGUUCCCCGCAAGAGCCAUAUUCAAAUAUAUCCCCGGUGUUUUGGCCAAGUUCCGCGCUAUAAUAAUGGACGUCCGUGAAAGUGUCUUCGCUUCCAUCCUCAAACCCGAAUCCAAGAUGUCUGACUUCCUUAAAAGGAUCAGCCAGGACAUGAUGAAACGACAACUUGCAAACAAACCUGAACUCUGGGAGAAGUUAACUCCAGACUACCCUCCAGGCUGCAAACGUAUCAUUACCAGUGAUGACUACUACCCUGCCCUAGCCCGGGACAACGUGAGCCUGGAAACAGGCCGUAUUGACAAGAUCUCCGAAUCUGGUAUCGUGGUUGACGGCACUGAACAGCAGUUUGACCUGAUAAUCCUUGCCACCGGUUUCCGCACAGUUGAAUUCAUGCAUCCCAUCAAAAUCUACGGCGAACAUGGCCGCUCACUCUCCGAUAUCUGGAAAAACGGCGCCCGUGCGUUGUAUGGUAUAACCAUCGAAUCUCUACCUAACUUCGCCAUGCUCUACGGCCCCAACACCAAUCUAGGCCAUAGUUCUAUAAUCCUCAUGGUCGAAGCGCAGACACGCUACAUCAUUACACUGCUGUCUGCCGUCCUCCGUUCAAAGAAGCGCGGACAGACUCUUAGGAUAACACCAAAGACUGACCGCAUAGACGACUUUAACGUCUCUCUGCAGAAGGAUUUAUCCAAGUCUGCCUUUGCUCAUCCAAGUUGUACCAGCUGGUAUAAAAAUGAAGAGGGCCUUAUCACCAACAACUGGUCCGGUAAUGUGGUAGACUACCAAAAGCUAUUGUCCAAGGUUAACUGGACCGAUUUCAACAUGUCCGGAGAUGAUUCUAUGAAGGACAAAUCCACCACUCGCAUUGGGCGUGUUAGGGAGGAGUCACUGAUUGGGCUUCAGACAAUAUCUAUUGCUGCCGUUGGCGCCGCCGUCAUUGGAGGAGUGGCGUGGAGGUCGCCCGAUUUCUUCCCUCGAUUGCUUAAAUCGCUUUCCCUUUUAUGA